AUGAAGUCCAUCGGCGCCCAAUGGCUGCUGCUCCUCGCCGGAGUCAGCCUGUCCUCGGCCCGGCCGCCUCGCCCGCAACAGCUGCUCACCAGCCCCGAGCCCAAGGACGGCGGCACGCCCUACACGCCGGGCCAUCGCGACCCUUACGACGGCAAGAUAGAUCCCAUCCGCGAGGACCUCGAUCCUCGGCCCUGGCGCAACGGCAAGGGGGCCUCCGUCCUGGGCCCCUACAAUCGCGACCGCUCCCGCCAGAGCCCGGACAUGGUGCGGCCGCCCAGCACCGACCACGGCUCCCUUUCCAACAUGCGCUGGAGCUUUACCGACUCGCACGUCCGCAUUGAGGAAGGCGGCUGGACCCGGCAGACGACGGUUCGCGAGCUCCCCACCAGCGUCGAACUGGCCGGCGUCAACAUGCGCCUCGACUCGGGCGUCAUCCGCGAGCUGCACUGGCACAAGGAGGCCGAGUGGGCCUACGUCCUCGACGGCGAGGUCCGCGUUACCGCCAUCGAUUACGACGGCGGCAGCUUCAUCGACGACCUCAAAAAGGGCGACCUGUGGUACUUUCCAAGCGGCGUCCCUCACUCCCUGCAGGGGCUGGGCGAGAACGGCACCGAAUUCCUCCUCAUCUUUGACGACGGCCGCUUCUCCGAGGAGUCGACCUUUAUCCUGUCCGACUGGCUGGCCCAUACUCCCAAGUCGGUCAUUGGCGAAAACUUUCACCUCCCUCCCAGCAUCUUCAAGCAUCUCCCCGCCGGCGAAAAGUACAUCUUCCAGGGCUCCCGCCCCGGCUCCAUCGAGGAGGAGCGGCCUCGGGGCAAGCACGUCAAAAAGUCGGAGUACCAGUUCACGCACCGCAUGCUCGACCAGGAGCCCAAGCACGCGAGCGGCGGCCAGGUGCGCAUCGCCGACACGACAAACUUCCCCAUCUCCAAGACGGUGGCGGCCGCCCACGCCAUCAUCGAGCCGGGCGCCCUGCGCGAGAUGCACUGGCACCCCAACGCCGACGAGUGGUCCUUUUUCAUCCGCGGCCGGGCCCGCAUCACCGUCUUCGCCGCCGAGGGCAACGCCCGGACCUUUGACUACAUGCCCGGCGACGUCGGCAUCGUGCCCAAGAACAUGGGCCACUUUGUCGAGAACAUUGGCGAUGAGCCCCUUGAGAUGCUCGAGAUCUUUCGCGCGGACCGCUUCCGCGACUUUUCCCUGUUUCAGUGGAUGGGCGAGACGCCGCAGAGGCUGGUCGUGGACCAUUUGUUUGCUGGCGACGAAGACGCUGGCCGUCAGUUUCUGGAUAAGAUCAAGGACGCCGAGAAGGACGAGAUCAAGCGGCCCUGA